CGAGCUUAAGCUACAGUAAGCCGAGUACAAGCUACGAACAGAGUCCACAUGCUGGUCCUCUAGAAGAUAGUAGCAACAUAUUAAGAGAAGUUUUAAACUAUAAAAAAGCGGAAUUGCUCCGGCAUCCUGACAUAAUUGCAUACCUCAAGUCUGUUGCAUCGGAUCUGAAGAAGUAGAACGAUGGCGGUUGCAACUCAGAAGACCGUUGCAUCACUGAUGCAAAAGACGCUAGACCGGCAAGCGGCGAUUACGCGUAUGAAAGUUAGGUUUAAGAAAAAUCAAAUUGAACAGAUACUAAUAAGCUACAAUAGAGACGGAAAGACUGGCCCGUAUGGUGAACUUUUGAAGGUGCUGCAAGAGUGUCCUAUAAACGAUAAUAACUACAAAAUUUUGCUAGAGGAUUGCCUCUCAUGUGUAGUAUUACUAGGUCGAGAAUUGAAGCAAUUUGUAGACAUUGUGUGCAAUGUAGAAUGGGCGACGCGGAGUGAGGAGCUUGUGGAGAUGUUUAGCAUGUUUGUGCUUAAUCUUGUAACAGCACAUACUUACCAUUGUCCUCGUGUUAUGACCUCAUUAGUGCAAUUAUUCAAAGCUGAUGGUGAAAACUGGGAUGAGAGUCCGUCUGAGGACACAAUGAAGAUGUGGUCCAACAUCCACACUGUCAUUGCACAAAUUGUAGCUGUUAUUCCUAUGACUAGCGAUCUCCUAAUGCAAAAACUGAUAGACCAGUUCCCCUACUAUAAAGCUGGAGUCUACCCCAAUAGAGCCUAUAUUCAUAAUUUAAUAUGGAUCAGUAAAUAUAUACCUUCACUUAGAGAACAGAUUAUGGCUGCUAUUGUUAGUAGAUUAGUAAUAAUGGACGCAAAUGUAGUUGAUCGAUCAAAAAAUAAACAACAUAUAGAAACAAUGUUCGACAUGGACGUUGACGAGGAGGACGACGCCAGCUCCACUCUGGACUACGGCAUGAUUGAAGUGCUCAAAUGGCUAGAGGAUGAACGAGACCCAGUGUUGGAUGUCAUGUGCACUGUCUUCGAAAAGGUUAUAUUGCCUACACAUGGAAUUAGACAUGUACAAUUUCUACUUCUCUACACUAUAUCAAUCAAUCAGCAAUGCGCGGAUCGUAUUCUCAACAAUUUAUGGAUGGUAGCCGCAGGCCUACAUGACAUAGGGCCUGGGGCACUAGUCACUAGAAAAACAGCUGCUAGCCACUUAGCUGGACUCCUUGCCCGUUGUGUCAGAGUCCCUAACACCAGACUAAUAAAAUACUUAAAAAGUAUGUCAGAAUGGUGUCACAGCUAUAUAACGGCCACACAGGAAACUACAUCAAAUAGUAACAAUACAAAAGUGCAUGGAGCUUUCCAUGCUAUAUGUCAUGCUGUCUUCUAUUUGGUGGCUUUUAAACAUCAUCAUUUGUUUUCGAGUAAAGAAAACCUAAACUUCAUAGAGUCACUAAACCUACCUCGUCUAGUAACAUGCACGCUAAACCCUCUCCGCACGUGCCCGCCGCAAGUGACGCGAACGUUUUCGUCAGUGACGCGUGCGUAUCAAGUCGUCUACUGCCAAGCUAUUAUCGAGAAGAAUACUAGACAUUCACUGCAGCAUGUCACGCAGUAUGAAGAAUGGUUCCCUUAUGACCCUUAUACAUUGCCCAUUUCCGGUAAAAUAAUUUGGCCCCUCUGCAUAGAAUACAAGGACUUCUCAAAAGAAGGCGAUGACGAAACACAGUACGCGGGUAUGAAACGCAAACUCGAAACCGACGACGACUACUUCAUGUCAGCCAGUCCUUCACAGAAACUAGCCAGCUCAUUGUCCAAUUGCAUUUCGCCAGGUUUCAAAACUAGCGACAAUAUUAUGAUUUGAAUCUCCUUACUUACUGCUUGCGUAAUAACACGGCCCUACAUCGGUAUCUGUGAGUUAUCGUAUAUUAAAGAGACAAUAUAGUUUUGUGCACCAUAAAACGGGAUAGAGACAACGCACGGAAUCUUUCCCUUUCGAAUAAAACUAAUGAUUUAUUAAUUUCAAAGGUGUUGGACCACUUUAUAAAUAUAGUAAAUGUCCACAUUUUACAAAAAUUUUUAAAAUCACAUGCUUGCGAUUAUUUUCUGUCAGCCGUCACAAGGUCGACCUCUGGCAGGAUCGAACUUGUGCUGGUGGUGACAAUAGUAAACAUGCUUCGAAAGGAGACCCAAAAGCUUCUCUCUUGUGCGAGAAACCUAGUAAAUACUUUCUUUGAAGUAGCGGGGAUAGUCAACUUUCAACCUACUAAGUGUGGGUUGAAGAAUGUGCCUGGUGUUUAUACGAAGCUGUACAAGUAUUUUUGAAUUUGAACUUGACUAAAAGUUAUAUUUAAAAAAAACAGUACUAAAAAAACUGACCUCAAAAGUCUUUCAUCUCCAAGUUUGCCACCCUAUAAGGGUGAAAAACCUUAACUUUUAAAUAAAGGAGGAGGUACUCAAUUGAGUACUUUUUUUUUUAGUGGGUUAAAAAGGGGUUUUCAUUUUGGCAAAAUAAUAAACUUAAUUGUGAUUUAACUUCAAAUAUCAUUGAAUUGCAUAAGACAUUAAUAUGUAUAGCACAUUUUGUCCGAUGUAGGGCCAAAGCGAUUUAUAAAUGCAAUACGAAAUAAUUAUUUAUUAUUCCAUGGACCAAUAACUCUAAGAGGACUGCUAACGCUAUACGAGACAGCGUAGUCGGGCUUUUAGUACCUAUUUGUACACCGUUGUCGUGACGAGCCCGAAUAGCUACGUUUGUAACUAAUUUGUUUUACAUUGACGAGCUGCAAUUUAUCAAAGCUACUCUAAUUUCUAGUGAUACCAAACAGAUCAACUAGAUAGCGCUUAUUUCACAGGUUUUUAAAGAUACUGCCAGCUAUAAUUCUUUUACGUUACUCUAAGAUUAGUGCCAUCUACCCAAAGUAGCAAGCGGUAAUUUAUAAAUUAGUUUAUAACAGAAGGUUUUGGUUAAUUAUACAAAUUAUUUGAAUAAUACUACAAGGAAAAAACUGAUUACUUGUAUUUCAUAUUAAAGAAGAAUUAAUUGAUGUCCACAGCCAUUUAGACAAACUAUUAUACUUCCAUUAGCGCCAUCUAGAGAUAUGAUAUAAGACAGUAUUUUGAGAAGUGUGGAAAUUAGCAGUUCUUAAGUUGUUAAAAAAACGCAACAAAAUAGAUAUUUAAUAUCCUAUAUGUACGUACUACGUAGAAUGACUACUGCUAUAUAUAUAUAAAUAUAUAUAAAAAUAUUUUUUAAAUGUAUUUCCUACUUUUUUGCUCCUGGUUAUUCUCUCAAAAUUACGUAAAUUAAAAUACAAUAAUGAGUUAUUUGUGGAAUCUAUGUACAUAUGAAUAAGAGUUGUUUUCGCAGAUUUCGAGAUUCGAAUUGCGCUUGUCUUAUUGUAGAUUAGUUUUACUAACAUAAUAAGAUGCCAGUAAAACCAUAAGGACAAUGUGAUUUUUAGAAAGAAAUGUUAGUUUAAAUAUUUUUCAAUAAGUCAUAACGGCGUCCAUUGCGUGAAACUGAGUGCGAGUGGUCUCACGGUAGACUGCAAAGAGGAUCUAAUCACUACGUUGAGUAAACUGGUUAAAAUUAACAAAUGAGUGUUAAACCCCCAAUUAUACUCUAUACGUACGGAAGAGGACGCUUUAAAUCAAAAUUUGAUCUAAUAAAUUGUCCUAAGAAUUUUACUCAAUAUAUAUUUAGGUUGUUAAAUUUAUAUUUAAUGUUUUUAUUACAAGAAAAUAUAACAAUGAUUAUAACGGAUCCGCCAUUGUACAGCGUCAAGAGCACGUCAAGCUUGACACUAAAGGUUUAGAUUUAACUCUAUGCCGCUUGCAAUAAGAACGACCUAAAGUCCAAAAUGUCAAGCUUGAUGC